CGGCGGGGGAAGGCGCAGCCGCCGCACCGCUCCGCCCGGUCACCUUCGGCGGGCGGCAGCCAUGGUGUUCCUGCCCGACGAGUCGCGGUCGCUGCCGCCGCCGCCGCUGCUCAACAAGGGCUCGGUGUGGCUCGGGUUCGCGGGGUGGAUGUCGGCGCUGCUGAACAACGCCUUCAACCAGCGCCCCGUCUUGCGAGCCGGUGUUCAUCGGCAGAUCCUGUUCGCUACCCUGGGCUGGUUUGUUGGCUACCAGCUUGUGAAACGCGCGGAGUACAUGCACGCCAAGGUGGACCGAGAGCUGUUUGAGUACAUCAGGCACCACCCAGUGGACUUCCACGCAGCAGCAGAAAAGAAAAGAAUAGGGCAGCUCUUGGAGGAUUUCCGCCCAAUUCGCUGAUGAUUUCUCCAGUGGCGACAUGUCACAGGAUGAAUUCCUGCCAUCCCGAGAACUUCGGCAAGGUGGCUGCAACUGUUGAACCGUCCAUGGCUUGAAAGAUGACACUUUACUCACUUUCAUGUAAUAAAAGUUUGAUUAAAUACUUAGUGUUUAAUUAUUUGCUCUUCUCUCCCAUUAUGGUUUGUCAAUACGUGGAUGACUGAUAUUUGUAACUUUGAUUAAUGUUUUUUUCAGUUGUUUUAUUUGCAAGAGGGGGAAGUUGUUCACACAACAUGUAUUUUAUAAAACCCAGAGAGGAAUUCUGUGAGUUCCUCCUUUUUAUUUCUCACUGGCAUUUCUCCUGAUGCUUGAACAUGUUCUUGACUAGCCCCUGUAGAUGCUGUAGCCUACGUCUUGCUGUAAAAUUAAUUCUGAAGAGCUAACAAAAAUAUAUGCUCUCCCUAAUUAA